CAGAGAUCUUGAACCGUCGUCGACCUCGACGCGAGCCGCUGCCGUCCGAUGCCAUCCGAAAACAAUGACGAUAUCGACUUCUCGGAGCGCCAGCCUCUGUACGAGGGAAAGCCACAGUCGCGCCAGUGUACGGUCGCCGGUAUCGUGAGCACCAAGCAGCGCCGUCUCGAAGACAACGUGAUGGAAGAGGUCCCGAUGUCGUAUAGCACCAACAGCAAUAAAGAGCUCUUGUGUCUUGAGUACGUCGCGAACUUUCGCAAGCAGUUUGAUGACCUCAUGGACGCGUCCGACAUUCGCCGACCGCCAUUGUACUUGUGUCCUCCGAACGAGCGAGGGAUCCCCAAAUUUGUGUGCACGACGCUCCGCCCGACGCUCCUUCCCUUCCUCGACCUGUACGACAUGGACAAACUCGCGACGUUCGUCUCUGGCCUCAUUGAAUACGAACCCCUCGUCGACCCAUGCGCGCCACCCGCGUGUUUGCCAUCCCCGUCCGCUGUGUUGGCUUGGCAAGCUGGCGAUUCCUUCGACAUGGCCAAUCUAUUGGCAAGUUUCUUGAUCGGUGCAGGCUACGAUGCGUACGUGGUACACGGGAGAGCGCCAAAAUGGGUGUGUUUGCUGGACCAGAGCCAAACCGAAUGUCCGUAUCUGGCGGAGACGGCCCCGACCGCCAGCGGCACGACAACUACCCCACCCGCCGCCACGGAUGCGACUGCUGCCCCCAAAGACGAAGGCAAGAGCAAGUUUGUAGCGAUGCAGGAGGCGAAAGAAGCAGCCCGACGCGCGGAAGAAGCGGCGCGACUCGACUGGACCAAGCACAUGGAUGUCGAGGACGACGAUGAAGAUGAGCUGAACGGGAAACGGGUGCAUGCCUGGGUCCUCGUUCGUGCCGGUCGCCGCGACGUCACGGAGCAUGUGUACUUGGAGCCAUCCACGGGGCGCAAGUACUCUGUGCGUGAGUCGCCGUAUGUCCGCAUCGAAGCGGUGUGGAACCAUCAAAACUAUUGGGUCAACAUGCAAGUGAGCAGGGGCAAGGACGCGUCGGCGACGUGCGCCAACACCCUCUUUGACUUGAGCCACGCAACGGACUGGGAGUUUGUGUUUCUAUCAGCGCACGACCGCCGGGGCGCGACCAACGGCGGCGGGGGGUUGCACGGCGACGGCGGGGGUGGCGAGUCCAAGCACGACGACCUCGAUGGUUCUCGUUCCGAUAACAACAGCCACCACCACCACCACACCCACGACAGCCACGACGACAACGAUCCAGACAACGCCGCCGACGACAACGUGCUCGACCUGCCACCGUCAUGGGUAACCAAGCUCCACGUCGAGCGCAAGGCGUACAAGCGUCGAUUCGUCACGGAUGGCCAGCGCACGACGCUCUUCCGCAAGGCCAAGGUCGAAGAGUUCGCCGAAAACAGCCACAACCAAGGACUAGUCCUUCGCAUUACGCAGUUCCGCAAUGUGGCGCGGACGUUGCCCGUCCAAGUGCGCGAGGUGUUCAAAAAUCGAAAGGACAAACUGCACCUGCGCAUACGCUACCCGCUUGAGGGCAAGUUUGACGAGCACUUUUUACCCGGGCGCGUGCCGGAAGCCCUGGCCAAGCGGACCGAGUGGAGUGGAGUUCGCCGCGACCUCGGCUUCUACACAAGCGCUCGGAUGGACGGCCUUGUGACGCGGGAAGAAGUCAUUCACAAGCGGAUUGUCGAAGUUUUCCAAGGGCGAGACGACUUUCUCGUUGGGCGGUCGGUUGCGUUGAGCGAAGACAAAGAAGAGGUCAAGAAUGGGGCCGCGACGUUUGUGUUGCCGGGCGGCGCGACGGGAGAACUCACGGUGCUCAAGAUGGCGGAAAAGUUCGACCGGAACGAGCGAAAGGAUGCGGACGAGGAUGCUCGCAAACGCACAUACAACGUUCGCGACGGAUCGAUCCACGUCCAGUUCCAUUAUGCGGAAGGAAAGAUCACGUCGGGGGCACGCAUCUACCACAAGGCACCGGGCACCCCCGUCGAGGUGCUGCAGGUGGACCCGAUGGCGACGCGGCCCAAAGAGUCGAUUUUGGAACGAGAGUUGCAAGCGUCGAUUCAGGUGAUGCCGACCCGUGUGUCGACUGUGUCGCGGCUCGAUACGCGUCGACGUCGAUCGCGCUUUGGACCGCUGCGUUUGUGUGGAUUGGCUUUGAUGCGUGCUGUGCCCGCCGAAGGCGUCACGAUCUCCGUUGGAUUGCAGAUGGAAAAGGAGUGUUACAACAGCAUUCGCCAUGCCGACGUCGAAACCCAAGAGAUCCUCAAGUUUCGGCGCCGCGAAGAAGCCACGAUCGUUCUCGAGACGAGCAUCUUUGAUUCCCACGACGACGAAACCAAGCAAGAUCGCGUAGACGAUCAGCGCAAGGCCGGCAAAGAUGCGAAGGCGGACAUGGACUAUUUGAGUCCGUUUCUGCUAAGUGUCGCGGGCCACGGAGGUGGCGGAGCGUCGGCAGGCCGGCAGCUCUCGCGGGACGAGGCGCAUUCGGUGCGGGAUUUGUGCCUGAAGAACUUGAAGGAGCGGCUGCUGGAGCGCGCCAACAUCAUCCAGACGCGUCUGGACAAGGAAAAUGCGGCGCUGGCGAAGAAGCAAGCUGCCUUUCAGCGCAGCCAGCGCGAACAUGACCAAGGCACGGACGAAGAAUUUGAACGGUUUUGCUCGGAAACGAUGUUUCGCAUCCAAAUUCUCGAGCAGCGGCUCACGCGACAUGAAGAAACCGCGCUGCAAAAGUACGCCGAGCUCGACCAGCGGCUCCACAACGACGCACGGCUGGCCGUGCUCCAUCAGUAGUUUGAGGCCGUCGUGCGACGUCUGGGGAGGCCACCGCGCUUGGUACUACGACGAGCGAUCCUCAGCCGCUCGUUGUGUUGGGUUAGACAAACUAAAUACGUUUUGUGUACUGGA